GACGUUCGUUCAAUAAAUCAGUAUGUCACUGACUCGCCGUUUGAAUACACGUACGUGUCUCCCCGCUCCGAACAUACCUAACAGUGGCGACGAGGACAAAAUAAACAUAAAAAAAUGUUUGCUAACGGAGGGUUUGGUUCAAUAACCAACUUUGACCACCUGACUAACGACUGGGACACCUACAAGGCACGGCUCACUCAAUGGUUCAUUGCUAACGAUAUAAAUGAUGAGUCUGACAAAGCGAAGGUAAAACGCAAGGCAAUAUUAUUAAGUGUUUUGAGUGAGUCCAGCUACAAACUAGCGAGUGACCUGGCGUUGCCGCAGAAGAUCGAGGCGGUGGAAUAUGAUAGUAUCAUCACUUUGCUGGACCGCCAUUUCACCCCUAAACGGCUUGGUUUCGCGGAGCGAUACAACUUUUAUUCAGCCACGCAGCGCCCAGGUGAAAGUCAUACUCAGUGGGCAGCGAGGAUAAGAGGAUUGGCGGCACAUUGCGGUUUCAAGAAUUUGGAAGAGGCCCUUCUCGACAAAUUUGUGAUGGGAAUGGCAGCGGGUCACGAACGUGAAAAGUUGUUCGCGAAGGAUCUGCAGGAACUGACGCUGGGGAAGGCCGUAGAGUUGGCUGAAAACGUGUGCGCAGCGCGCAAAGCAGCAACUACCACGCAAUUGUUGAGCGGAAGCGCCGGGGCGAGCCACGCGGUCGCCGCCGCGGCCACCGGCAGCGCGGGGCCUGAAGGCGUGUUCAGUAUCUCCAAGAAUGAAAAGUGCAGUGUGUGCGGGUAUACCAAUCAUAAGGUCAAUCAGUGCCGUUUUAAAAGUUACAAGUGCAAAAAGUGUAACCGCAAAGGUCAUUUAAGUAGAAUGUGUGCGUCUAACUCAAAAGUAAAUUACGUCACGGAAGGUAAUGUGGAUGUCGGAGACGAUGGUAAGUUGGCGGUACUUAACAUUAAAUGCGUAAAAGGUAGACCAAUGUCAGAAUUCGUUAACGUAAAUGGUGUAUUUUUGGAGUUUGAGAUAGAUAGUGGUUCAGCCGUUAACGUAAUAUCAGACAAUACCUACCGAUCGUAUUUCAAGGAAUUGCCAUUGACCGACACUGAUAACAAUUUAUUUAGUUACACGGGAAGUAAAAUGAAAACUUUAGGAUUUAUUCAUUUAAACGUGUCGUAUACAGAUAGCACACAUGAUCUAAAGUUCUACGUAGUGUGUGGCGGCGGCCCGCCGCUCCUAGGUCGGGAAUUUCUACAUACAUUUAACAUAGAAUUUGCCCCGGCGACGCCCGUUAAUUACAUGAAUAAAUCACAGAAUCAGACAAUUACUGAUAUUAUUUCGCAGUUCCCAAAAUUAUUUUCAAAUAGAUUAGGUUGUUUCAAUAAAAAUAAAGUAUCUUUAAAAUUAAAACCAGACGCGAAGCCGAUAUUUUUUAAAGCAAGACCUGUCGCUUUCGCCAUAAGGGAAAAGAUCGAUGCGGAGCUCAAUCGUCUUGUAGAUCUUGGUAUAUUAGAACCUGGGGCCCGAUUCUCCUAA